UCACAAAAAAAGAUAAAAUGAAAAUAAAAUGGCAGCGCUGGUUUGGGUUUGGUAGUUUUGAUGGCUCAACCUUUUGCGCUCUCUCACUCUCUCUCUAAACUCCCCCCCGUAGAUAUCUCGUGACAUUUGACGAUAUGGGCCUUCCUUCACUCGAUCUGGGGGGAGAUCUCCUCUCCUCUCCUAUUCGCAUUAUGCCUCUCUCCCUCUCUUAUCUUCCUCCCACAGCGCCACCCAGUCCUCAAAUGUAGAGUGACCCAUUUUUGGCUAGCUCCAUUUUUGGCAGCCGAAUGUUGGUUUGUCUUUUUUUUUUUCGUUCGUUUAUUUUCCCCCCAAAAAUUCCCUCUCUGUAAUUUUUGGGUUGAUCGAGGGACCGCCGUCUCCAGCUCUGUUUCCGUUUUUGAUCUGUCUCCAUCUUUUUGCAUUCCUUUCGAUUGCGGCUUGCUGUUUUAGUCUUUUAGCUCUCUGCAACUCAUAGUUCCGUUUAGUUCACCGGUGGGGGAAGGAAAUCCCAGGCAGGCCAGUAUUUCUCUGUCGUGUAUUGAAGGUAAUUUGGAGCAAUUCUUCUCACUCUCAAGUUCUAAUCUUACUCCACGUCUUGCUUUCAGCUCAGUUUGCAGCAGUUCAGCUUAAUCUCGUUCCCGGUUAGUUUUAGUUUCUGCAAUGGAGCAAGGAAAGCCGCAUUGAACUCUCUGUAUCGAUUUGAAAGCUAUAUAGUCCGUCCGUUCGUAAAAUCUGUUGUUGCAUGUGUGUGAUGAUUGCUCGAUUACGCGCUUGCUUCCGUGUUCUAGCAAUUUCGAGCGUGAAUUGAGCUCGGAUUGCCGUGUUUUUAGCUCCGGCAAUGGCCGCGGCUUGAAUGUCUUGUCAGUUUUACAUGAAUGUCGGUUUUCUGACUCGUUCACGGACUCAGGCUUGCAUCAUGCCGAAUGGGGGUGAGGAAAAGCGAAAGACAAAGACUCGUCGAGAGUCGUCGGGGGAUGAAGACGGGAAUAUUGCGGGGAAAUGUGAUGCAGCCAGUGCUUUAAAGAAGGGGCCAUGGACUUCUGCGGAAGAUGCAAUUCUGAUGGAGUAUGUUACAACUCACGGAGAAGGCAACUGGAAUGCAGUCCAGAGGCACUCUGGAUUGUCGAGGUGUGGGAAAAGCUGCAGGCUCCGCUGGGCGAAUCAUCUAAGGCCCGAUUUGAAGAAAGGCGCAUUUUCUCCAGAGGAAGAGGGGCUUAUUAUCGAGCUUCAUGCCAAGAUGGGCAACAAAUGGGCUCGCAUGGCUGCCGAGUUGCCUGGACGAACAGAUAACGAGAUAAAAAAUUACUGGAACACAAGAAUCAAAAGACUGCUACGUGCUGGACUCCCUAUCUAUCCUCCUGAUGUAUGCUCGAAAGUUCUUGAAGGAAAUUAUGAAACUCAAUGCAUGGAUAGAAAUGAGACAACUGGUGGCGACCCAGUGCAGAAGGAUCACAGAGAGAUCCCAGAACUGGUCUUCAAAAAUUUCAAAAUCAACCGGGGAGUUCUCUCUUAUCUGCCAAACCUUCUCGAUGUCCCAGGAAGCAACAUUCUGAAACAAGAUGGUUUUGGUUCAAGCAAUAACUAUGGCUUCAUGCUCCCAACACUACCACCUCCAAAGAGAAUCAGAACUGCUACAGAAGACAGCAUUUUCCGUGAUGUAGUAGAUGUUGGUGGUGUCAUUGGCCUCCCAACACCUUUCAGUCAGCUUACUACAGAUUAUGCUGCUAGUGAGAGGACCCCAGACCCGUUUGGUUUAUCCUCUCCAUAUGAUUCUUCUGAUGUCAAUUUUACUAGUUAUGAUGGGCAGCCACCAUUGGCUGCUCUUUCAGGCAGUCAUGCCUUCUUAAAUGACGACUCUUCUUCUUCUGAGCCCAUAUCCGGGGCGAUGAAGUUGGAGCUCCCUUCACUCCAAUAUACAGAUACUCAUCAGCUGGACAGCUGGGCGGCGAUGACCCCAACUGCUUCCCCUUUGCUUCCAGUUGAGUCUGUUGAUACCAAUACUUUGAUCCAAUCUCCUCCACCGAUGACAGAGCCACCUCAGUCACUGGGUUGUCUCUCGCCAAGAAGCAGUGGUCUCCUGGAAGCAGUACUCUACGAAUCACUGACCCUCACAAACAUGAACUGCUCAGCGAACGACCAAGCUUCCGUGGCUGUUUCUAUGGAACACCAAUUGCCCUAUAAUUCCAGGAAGAGAGAUUGGGGAAUGCAAGCUGACCCAAUCUCACCAUUGGGUCAUUCUGCUGCAUCAGUGUUCAGCGUAUGCACGCCCAUGAGUGGAAGCUCGUCCGACGAACCAGGGUGUGAAAUGAAGCAGGAGAUGGGGAGCCAAGUAUCAUCCCCGUAUGGGGAGGAGAAGCAAACUCCUGCUGGUACAGACUGCAUGCAAAUCGAGUUCAGCAGGCCAGAUGUGUUACUUGGCUCAGGCAGCUAUUUCGGGUUAAGCUAUGGUGGUUGCCUCGAAAAGGGUGAACCAACUGCUACUACUCAAACUGAUGCAGCAGGGGGCGGUUGAAGCCUGAAGUUAGUAACAAAAGAACAUGAGCCAAGCAAGAGAAACAGUAGCAAACCAGGGUGCAAACAACGUGUGAAUGGAUCAAGAAUAAGAUUGUUUGUUUAUCCUUGUUUGUUGGAUUACAUUUUCGAGCUUUUAGUUGUUAGCUGGGAGAGUGUUUUGUUUUGGUUUCCAUCUGUGAAUACCGAGUUGUUCUGUGAGCCAUGCAUGUUAUGAGGAAAACUUUCCAGUGGGAUGGAUAGUCUUUUGCAGGAUAGUGAGAUAGAUGUUGUCUCCAGUGGCAUGGAUGCUUUUGGCUGAUAUCCCAUUUUCAUCGUCAUCCUGGAAGUACAACUGUCCAUUUUGCCUUUUUUCCUUUUCAAGUUACUGAAACAAAACAAGAGUAUCAUAUCCAAAAGGACCUUGUCUGUUUUACCCUUUAUUAUCUACCUUAACUAUUAGCCAUUAGGGCAACCUUCCCACAGAGAGUACUUUGAACAGGAUUUACCGUGAAAUAAAAGAUUGUGGUGAUU